UUCCUGGUUAAUUACUACUUUUAUUACCCAUUCAGCAUUUCUCUCUUUAACCAAAAGGAUAUAUCACACCGCCUUGGAGAAGACGAAGAAACAAACAACUUCUUCUAUAAACCCCUCCUCUCCCCUCCCAACGAAGCCUCUCUGGGUUUUUCGAGGUUGCGUUUUCCGAUAGACGUUUCCUAGCGCUCUACUCCUCUUAAAGCCUCCACCUUUUAUUCUCGAUACUCUCUCUAGACAUGGCUGGAACCGCUUCUUCUUCUUCCGAUAGCCUCGCCACUAGUUUCCCUCUCCUGGAAACAGCAGAUUUGUUCCAGGAGUUGUCUUUAGGUUCAGAUGGGAGUGAGGUCCCUAGGAACCGUUACAAGGGUUCUCUUCAGCACCAGUAUGGACAUGUACCUUCUGGUGCAUUCACUGCUCCAUCUCUCCAUGGAAGCGAAAGAAGGCCUAACCUUCCAAAUGGUGGAGACCUGUUUGGUUCAUACCCGUGGGGUUACUACCCAUCAAACCAUCCUUCCGGUGGUUACCCGGAUCAGAGCUUUGGUUAUGGCCACAACAGCAGUUCAAACACCUUUUCACAUCUCAUGAAUCCACACAGUUCACAAGAUGCAAUGAGCUUUGACCAAUUUGGAUAUAAUGAUCAUAUGUAUUCCAACAAUGGACUGUAUGGACUAUACGGGAAUGUAAUAGACUCAGGCCAUGCUUACGGAACGUUUGGUUAUGAUUCAUGGAAGCUGGGGAGAGGAUGGUACCCUGUUGAUGGUUAUAAAAAGACCAGAAGCUUCAACUACGGGCGUGGCUACAGCGAAGAGAAAGCAGAUAGGCUUAACGAGCUUUGCAGAGGACCAAGGAGCAGUGACGGUCUUAACUCUACAAUGAAGCAAGACGUUCCAGUGGUAGAUCUCCAGCGUUACAACGGGGAGAGUUUCCCUGAGACGUUCACCAAAGCGAAGUUCUUUGUGAUUAAGUCGUACAGCGAAGACGAUGUUCACAACAGUAUAAAGUAUGGUAUGUGGUCGAGCACACCAACUGGUAACAAGAAGUUGAAUGCUGCUUAUCAAGAGAGCUCUCCAGAUUGUCCUGUGUAUCUUCUGUUCUCGGUUAAUGCAAGUGGACAGUUUGUUGGUGUUGCGGAGAUGACAGGCCCUGUUGAUUUCAACAAGACGAUGGAGUAUUGGCAGCAGGAUAAAUGGAUUGGUUGCUUCCCUGCGAAGUGGCAUAUCAUCAAAGACGUACCAAACAGUCUAAUGAGGCACAUUACGCUUGUGAAUAACGAGAACAAGCCUGUCACUAACAGCAGAGACACUCAAGAGGUGAAACUGGAAGAUGGAACCAGAAUCAUAAAGAUAUUCAAGGAGUAUAUGAGCAAGACAUGUAUACUUGAUGAUUUCAAGUUUUAUGAGACUAGGCAGAAGAUAAUCAGAGAUAAGAAGAUCAAGCAGAAGAAACAGGUCCUUGAUGGAGCUUCUGUGGAAACGAUUCACUGAAGUCAAUGGGAGGAAAGAUGAUGACUUUUAAUUGAAAAACAGUUUGAAUUAUGUUUUUUUUAAUCUUCAGGCUUUGGAGAACCUAAUACACCAUUAUAUAUGUGGUUUUCUAUGCUUUUUUCUAGACAAGGUUACAUUGUGUUUUGUUCCUUUGUAUAAGGAGGACGCACAUCUGAUAAAACAAAACUCAUGAUUUGUUUUUCUUCC